AUGGCGUCCUCUCCAGCAGCUGGCGCACGCGUAAUCGCAGACCAAAUCGACCCUUCGCUGCCGGAGCUAUCAUCCCCCGCGUCAACUGCUGUGCCUCCAGCGCCUCGGCAAAGCUCGCAGCGCAGCCCGUCUAAUUCCAGUGCUAAUCUUUCCGGGCAUCGACAGAGCUUCGCUGAGAACAUGCGCGCUAUGCCGGCUUCCCCUCGACACCGACCCCCUUCGCUGACGCAAGCUGCCGUUCAAGAGCUGAUGAACAACCCACCAACGAAAAAGCACGGCAAUUCCAAAUUCACUGGUCGGGAUUGGAGUGACAUCACAAUUGGCGAACUCGUUUCCCCAGACGAUGUCUGCUGGGUCGAGCUAGACGACAGCGUCGAGGAUGCGACGAAGAUGCUGCUGAAAAGUCGAACGAAUGUCGUACUCGUCCGCGACUCCAAGACCUCGAAUAGCGUCACUUCUACUUUCGAUUAUAGCGAUCUGAAUACGCUCAACAGGGCCAAAGCAUACCUCUAA